CAGCAGCUUGGAAAUGAAAUCAGUAGGAUAAUAUGUUUCCUCCUCACUGGUCGACGUCAUGAAAAUUUCUCGGAUUUUUUAGAAUUUUAUUUUCAAAAUUUUUUAUGGUAAACAAAAUUCAGUUGGUUUAAAAACGUGACCGGUUCGAGUUCGUUGGUUGAUUCGAUUUUAAAGUUAAAGCAGAAUGUGGCUAAUGCGGAGGACGCUACUCCGUGCCCAAGGUGCAGCAACGCGGCAGCAGCUUCGUUGCAUGGAGUCGCGUAGGAACUUGUCCUCUUGUGGUGACGGCGGAUGCAAGUUGCCCGCUCCGAAGAAGGAUGUGCAGAAGGCUGGGAAGUCUGGGAACCCAGAUAAUGCCUCGGAAAAGGACCAUUGCUGGACUGCAAAUAGACGCGGCGACAGGAAGUGUCGCUCCGAUAUAGAGUUCAAGGUGCCGAUUUCAUUCUACGAUGCCCAGGCGAAGUGCGGCGAUCCUUGUGCCAAAGCCUUCCCGCGCAGGGAUGUCAAGCUCUACAAGCCCUCGGACAAGUUGAAACGUAUUUACCAGCGCACCUGGUGCGAGUGUGAACUGAAGCAGCGCAAACGCAAGGCCGUCUGCAAGAGUCGCCCGAUCGUAUAUGAGAGACGCAUCCGGACCAAAGUUAAGGCUAAAUGUCCCCCGGGAAACAUGGAGCUGGGACUAGGGCAGUGCCAUCACAAGGCGUCCAGCCCUUGUCCCAGGGUCACGUCACCCUUAUGCAAGGAAGCAAACAUUCUUGGUUGUUUCCCAGAAAACCGGCCUUCUGGAUGUGUAAAGCGCAGGACCAAAUAUCCUUCCUAUUCGGAGUGUUUAACGGACCCGCUGCCAGACCUGCCCCCCUCAGAGUGCUUCUGCCUUAAAUCACCGCCAAUGUGCGUGGUGUGGAACUAUUUCCGCAUGAAAAAGUCCUAGGUUUCUUUUCCUUUGUUUUACGCCACCUAAUUUCGAAUAAAGGACCAAAAAUCAUUAUUUGAUUUA